GAACACUUUUUAAUCGGAUGCACAGGAUAAUGGCAGUGUUGGAUUUGAACUUGACGACGGUCAUUGACAGCGGAUUCAUGGAAAGCGACCGCUCCGUGCGGGUUCUGACCGGUUGCUUUCUGUCCGUUCUAAUCCUCUCCACUUUGCUCGGGAACACGCUGGUUUGUGCAGCUGUCACAAAGUUUCGCCACCUGCGCUCUAAAGUCACCAACUUUUUUGUCAUCUCGCUGGCCGUGUCAGACCUGCUGGUGGCUGUUCUGGUCAUGCCCUGGAAGGCUGUGACAGAGGUUGCCGGCUUCUGGCCCUUUGGUGCGUUUUGUGACAUUUGGGUGGCUUUCGAUAUCAUGUGCUCCACGGCGUCUAUCCUGAACCUGUGUGUUAUUAGCGUGGACCGAUACUGGGCCAUUUCCAGCCCGUUCCGCUAUGAGAGGAAGAUGACUCCUAGAGUGGCCUUUGUGAUGAUCAGCGGCGCUUGGACUCUAUCCGUGCUCAUCUCCUUCAUCCCGGUGCAGCUCAAAUGGCACAAGGCUCAGCCGAUAGGCUUUUUGGAGGUCAAUGCAUCUCGCAGGGAUCUGCCGACGGACAACUGCGACUCCAGCCUCAACCGAACGUACGCCAUUUCGUCCUCCCUCAUCAGCUUCUACAUUCCCGUCGCCAUCAUGAUCGUAACAUACACUCAGAUUUACCGGAUCGCCCAGAAGCAGAUCCGACGCAUCUCAGCUUUGGAAAGAGCAGCGGAGAGCGCCCAGAUCCGGCACGACAGCAUGGGCAGCGGCUCCAACAUGGAUUUGGAGAGCUCCUUCAAACUGUCGUUCAAAAGAGAGACGAAAGUCUUAAAAACGCUGUCUGUUAUAAUGGGGGUUUUUGUUUGCUGCUGGUUGCCCUUCUUCAUCUUGAACUGCAUGGUGCCGUUUUGUAAGCGCACAUCGAACGGUCUCCCCUGCAUCAGUCCAACAACAUUUGAUGUUUUUGUCUGGUUCGGAUGGGCCAAUUCGUCUCUCAACCCCAUCAUAUACGCCUUCAACGCCGACUUUCGCCGAGCAUUUGCCAUCCUUUUAGGAUGCCAGAGACUCUGUCCGGGAAGCAUUAGCAUGGAAACACCUAGUCUGAACAAGAACUGAAAAGCAAUGGCACACCAAUCCUUUGCCAAGCAAAGCAAGGGGGAAAUAGAUUUGGGAUUAAGACUCUGGGAAGAGAGCCCUCCCGCUGUGCUGGAGAGCAGGGGAAGCAGUUGCAACAUCCCAUAAGCGAAGCUAAUCUCUAUAAAAAGCUACACUUCCCAUAAAGAAUGACACAAGUGUGUUUUGUGUGUUCCCAGUGUCUUUUUCAGACAGUCAACUGAAUCCACAAGUGACUUGCAGAAGUCAGACGAGCAAUGUCUUAUUAAAAUGAAAUGUAGAUGUUUCUCUGAAUGUUUUGUGGGGGUCUUGUUUAUUUUAAAGAGGCUGUACGGUAAUAAAAUUAAAGC